UAAUAUGUAGCGUAAUGAUUUUAUUAUGUAACACAAUGUAUACAUAUGAUAUAAUUAUCAUACAACGUCUUAUUUUUUCUAUUUGAUUACCGACACUUCUACAAAACACGUUCCAACCGAGAUAAUCAACGUAUCUAUAAUUUAUAAUUCCUUCUGGUUUAAGAUUCACGUUGAAUAAUAUUAUUUUUUUGCCAAUAAAGUAAAUUUAAAUAUCACUAUAUAAGAGCGAUGCUGUGUUUUAUUUAGACAGUUAAAAUUAAGCCUUUGAUUUAUUAACAUGAGUUUCAAAAACAAAGUUGUCAUUGUAACCGGAGCAAGCGCAGGUAUUGGGGCCGCUAUAGCAGUUGCAUUUGCAAAAGAAGGCGCAAGCGUCGUUUUAGUUGGGAGGAAUGAAGAGAAACUAAAGAGAGUUGCAGAUGAAUGUAAAGCAUUUGGUUCGACGGUUCUUAUCCUCAAAGCGGACGUGUCAAAUGGCGCUGAUCUUGCAAAAAUAAUCCCGGAAACAAUUGAGAAGUUUGGUAAAUUAGAUGUACUGGUAAACAAUGCUGGUAUACUAAGGAGGUGUAGCCUUGAAGCCGGGUCGUUUGUUAAUGCGUUUGAAGAAAUUUUAGCUACGAAUCUGCGUCCCAUUGUUACGUUGACUGAAACGGCGACUCCACACCUGAUAGCUAGUAAAGGUAAUGUGGUGAACAUAUCCAGCGUUGCAGGAACGAAGGUUUUAACGUCUGAAUACACGGCGUAUAGUAUGCUGAAGGCUGCAUUGAAUACCUUUAGUAGAGGCGCUGCUCUGGAACUGGGGAAGCAUGGUGUGCGUAUAAAUUCCGUUAGCCCGGGCCCAGUUAAAACUGAAAUUUUUGCAUUAGCUGGAUUCAAUGUUCCAUAUGAAGAAAUAGGAAUUCCGACAGCUUUAAACUGCUGGGGUGAACCAGAAGAUAUCGCUGAUUUGGUGUUGUUUAUAGCCAGUGAUAAAGCGAAGAGUGUCACCGGUUCUAACUAUGUAGCGGACAAUGGCUGUUUGUUGUAUUGAAUUUUUAACGUUAUUAUUAAAAGUAUUAUAAUUCUGUGUUAGCUGUCAGGGGGACGUUCAAGUAUUAUGUAAGCAAUAUAUUGGGGUUUUUGAUAUUCUUAUUUGGUGAUUACGUCAACGGUAA